AUGGCCGACUUUCGGCAGCUGGCACUUGAGUUCGUGCUGGCGGACGAUGAGGCGAACCAGACUUCCCUCGCACAGCAGGCGGCAUCAGAACUUCAAUCGGCGCCAGCGAACACAAACCCAGUAGCUCGCUGGGUGGAGGCUGUGCAGCCAUGGAUGCCAGGGAGCAAUGGCGACGAGGCCACUGGUGAUAAUGAGACACCCGACUGGACUGGCAGGGCCAAAGUCAAGCUGCUCAUCAGCUUCUUUGGUGCCAUGUUUGACGUUGAUCACAAAGCCGGCGUCCUCGCCUCGGCCACGGCUCUCUCACGGAUCACAGAGAUGAAAUCAUUCCAGCCAACCAGUGCCGACGAUAUCAUCCAGAAAAUAUGCACUCUCAAGGACGAUUUCCCACGCCAACUGGCCAAGACGCGACUAGCAGUUUUCGAGCUCCUGCGAUCGCUGAUCACGAACCCGGCUGUGGCGAGUGAUCUCCAGUACAAGCACGGUGCUUCCUCCGGUUUUAUGAACGACCUACUAGCCCUGUGCCGGAACGAGAGAGAUCCGACGUGCUUGAUGGUCUGGUUCGAUGUGCUCGCAUUUUUCUUGCAAGAGUACGAGCCGAGCCAGGAAAUGAUCGAGGAAGUCUUCAACACCUUCAAAGCCUAUUUCCCCAUCACGCUGCCGCGCACAUCGACGAGUGGGAUCACGCCAGAGGAGUUGAAGCAACAACUUCGCAAAUGCUUCACGUCGACACACAAGCUUGCAUCUUUCACCUUCCCUUUCCUGCUCGGCAAGCUGGAUCAAGGAGAGGGCGUAACCGUCAAUGUCAAGGUGGACAUUUUGAAAACAGUCAAGGCUUGUGCCGAAGCCUACAAGAUUCCGGAGCAGACGGUGAAUCCCUAUGUCGAUUCCAUCUGGAGCAGCCUCAAAUACGAGGUGCGCAAUGGCGAGAUUGAGGAUACCAUCUGGGCUACGCUCGAAGUUCUCAAGAUCAUGGCUGUGCGCCUCAAGGGUGACAACCUGAGAGACUAUGCCUUGACCGUGACGAGAGACUGUGUGAAUGACCUCGCAAACGCAGUCUACACAGCGCCAGCCGGGCGGCUCUUGGUCAGCGUGCUGAGUGCCACGCCCUCUGCAUUCGUUCUCAUGGCAUCCCCGGCAAUCACUCAUGUCAAGGAGAACUUGCGACACCCGAAAGGACCUGGGCACAGCGGUGAUCUACUAAGGAUACUCCAUGUCAUGCUGGAGACGCGCCUGCUUCUGGUAAGCACAGACAUGGGACCACAAGAGCGGAGCGAGUUUGCAGCCAUUGACCCAGUUUUCACGUCGCUUUACGAUGAUGUAUACAAGAAGCCUCUGGAGCAAGCCAUCAAGUCCGAAGCCUCGUAUGACGAUCACAAACUCGCCGCGCAAGCGGUGCAGGGGGCUGGCGCCCUGGUAUGCCAAAAGGCUGCGAAGUCGACAGCUGUGGCAGAUGUAGAUGCAUCCCGCCUGCUGCCAGGAGACAAGUGCCUUGCCAUCUGCGACACGCUGUUCAGCAUCCUCGAGCAAACGAGAAUCAACGAGGACCUGAGACGAACGACGGCUUCCGACGAACUGGCCAGCGAAACGACCAAGGCCCUUCAACGUUCGGUGACCUCAUAUAACCCUGCCUACGUGCCCCUUGUGCGUCGUGGCCUGGAUAUCAUCCGCAGUGCCCGGAAAACCGAGUCGUCCCAGUCUGUCUCGACAGCUCAGUCGCUUGGUCUUCUGCUUGCAUAUGUCGGCUGCUCUGAGCUGCCGGCGGUCCCUUCUCAGGGUCUCGAUAACUUUAUCCUCAUCACAAAGGCAAUGUACCUUGAGCUCAUUGCCUCCAUCGAGGAGAAGAGCACCCUUGACAGCGAAUGGGUUUCGUCCAUCGCACAGCGAUACACUGGCCUUGAGGAACCUCACGCCCAGCCAACGACAGCUACAGCUGCUGCAUCGCCUGGGCAAGUGAGGACAGACUUCCUGCUCAUCAGCUUGUACUUCGUUCGUCAGCUUUACCAGAGGGCUACGAAGCCUUCCGGCACGCGACUCGGGUUAAGCGGCGAGUUCGGGGCCAUGGAAGAAGGAACAUCAAGUCAGCUACUUCAUCUGUUGGGCGGACUCGCUGGUUUUGUAGUUCAUGAGCUCUCGGAGGCGGAGCAAUUGUCGCUCGGAGCCUCAUCCUUCGCCAUGCACCUCUUUCAUGAGGAUGCAGUGCCGGUUCCGCAAGCGGGAGCACAGGUUGAGCCAUCUGAAUGGAGCUGGAUAGCUACGUCCAGGCUGAACGUUCUCACCUUUGGGAUCCUGGAGGCACUUCGUCCUGCAGCCGUUGCACAAUUGUACGACGCUGGCGUGGCCCAAGCUAUCCUCAUCCAAAGCGUCACUUCUAACGUGUCGUCCGCGAACCCGACAACCGCUUUCGUCCUGCGUGCCAUCCUCACUAUCCUUGCCAAUAAGCACAAGCUCGAAACAGUAGAGCCGGUGAUGGAGAUUAUCAACCAGCAAGCGGAGGUGAUCUUGAGCGGUGAGGCGGACAAUAGCACGUUGACCAAAGCAACGUCCAUGUUCGCGAUCGCAGCCGGCAUGCUCCGUCGAUACAGCGGCAAACAUGCCUCAGGGUUGCUACGUCUGCUAAGAGAAUCGUCUAAAUCCUCGGCCUUGGGCCAAAGCUUGUCUCGCCGCCUGGAGAUGGUGGUCGCUCCUCAAAAAACUCUCACCAAGAACAACUUUGCUAUUGUCAAGCCGCUGUGGAUGCAGAAGCUCUACUUUGAGCUAGCGAAGUCCAUGACACCGCAAGCGCUGGGCCAGGACUCCUCAGUCCAGGAUCGAGUCAUCAGGUUGAACCUGAGCAUCGGCACGCUCAUGUUGGUCGAACACAUGCCCUUCUCCAUCUACGAAGAGGACGCCGAGGGUAUCCUCCGCAUAGCCAUAUUCGUAGCACAGACCAUCGGCACAGGUCCGGAUGUGGUGGCUGCCUUGAACGUUCUGAGGAACAUCCUCGUGGAAGCCUCUGCCAAGGGCGAGCCGCACUUGGCUAGCAUCAUAGCCAUCUGCACGGCCGCCUUUUCAAGCAAACCACAUGUUACCCCAGAAUGGUUGCCUGCGAGCUACGCGUCUGCCUCAGUCGACGACGUGGAAUCGCAAGCCGAGAGCUGCGAAGCCGCGCUGGAAAUCAUGGGCGGCCUACCGAAGAUGUUCGAGUCGAGGCACCUGGUGCCCUCCGCGCCCAAGGUCGAGCGCGAGCUGACACUGGCCUGCGGCAACCCAGUCCGCAAUGUGAGGAAGUUGGCAAGAGCUGCGAGAGCCGCAUGGAAAGAAUUGAGAUGA